AACCACAACAGGAACAGAGUGAGAGUGAGAGUUGGUUUUUAGGUUAUAAACUAAUAAACUUAACUUAUUUAAUACACCCACACAAUACCUUUAUACAAACGAUAAAGAAAGAUAACUUUAGAUUAAUAUUUACUGUGUAAGAUGGCAUUUACAUUAUGGAAUCUGUUUGAAGCAACGCUUUUAUGUUUAAAUGCAGUCUGUAUUUUGCAUGAAGAGAGGUUUCUAGCCAAAAUGGGAUGGGGAGUGAAUGCCAAUGUUCAAGGGUUUGGUGAACAACCGACUGUUAAAUCACAGAUAUUAAAUCUGAUACGUUCCAUUAGGACAGUGAUGAGAAUACCACUAAUAUUUCUGAAUAUUGUUACGAUAGCAGUGAAAUUGGUGUUGGGGUAGCCGAGAACCAAAGAAGGAACACCCUCAAGCAAAGACAUGGUUUGAUGUACAUUUUAAAACUUUAUACCUGCCAACUGAUAAGUGUAAAUAAUAAGCUAUUUAAAUAUAUAUUUUUAAAAUCAA